AUGUUCCAGCAUCGUGCCAACGAAGCGGAGUUUCUUUCUGCCACUAAGAACAAGGAUUCCCGCUUCAUCCUUCCUGGAUAUGGCCGACCAUUGGACUAUGCGCCGGUAGAGAAGAACAUCUAUGGCGUGGAGAGUCGGAGCAUGUUCCCAUCCGCCUUGGACGACAGAGACAUUGAGAAUGGAUACACAGAACUGCCCAUCCAGUCACUUCGUGAGAUCGAAAUGGUUCGUGUCAUGGAAGACUUGACUGAUAUUCCUGAAUGGUGGAUUAAGAUCCAAGAUCCUGGAUUUGUGGAAGAUUGGGAAAAGAUGGCAUUGAACGGCGAUGCAGACAUCACCCCCAACAUGGCCAACUGGAUCAUCGACGAGCUCAAGUUCAAAGCGAUGAUCUAUGAAACAAGCCAGGCUGUCGGUUUGUACAACGGUGACAUGACCAAGUCUGAUUCAAAUGUCCCCAUUUCACUGGUUGAGAGACUGAGCAAGGAGACCAAGGUCUUGGAUUAUGAUGACACCGAGUUACAAUUCUAUUAUCCAGGAUCUUGGCGGAAACAGCGAGAUCUCCUGGCCAUGGCAUUAUACCCCGUUGUAUAUGGCAAAAGUCGAAUUCUCACGGAUACAACUAUCGGGUUGGACGAAGCGCUGCGAUUCGCCGGUCAGGGCGAGGUAAUCCCCAAACCCACGGAGACGGGCAUCACUCGAGAAGACAUGACCUGGCGAGUAAAGGCGCGGUCAGAUAUCCAGGUCAGGCCGUAUAGUCGGAACUUCCAGAUUCUGCCAACCGACUUUCAGCUGGGCGACGAUGACCGUUGGCAUAUUAGUUCAUACAUCAACAAUUUGCACCCAAUCAGGCACCGCAACAUCUAUAAACUAAUCGAGGACGCAUUCAACUGCAUGAUCCCCCAGUUCAACAUGACCAUGACGCCGCUCAAGGACAUGUUGCACUCACGCGCCAGAAUCGAAUAUCACAAGGCUGAAUACCAUCCGAUCCCCAAGUCAGUUCUCGACAAAGAGCCGCAAAUCAGACCCAAAGAGGCGCAGAGUGAGUUUGAAGAACGGUAUCUAGAUUGGAGACAUGAGAACUUCAAAGUGAUCCAACCCGAUGCUGGUGUCUUCAUCCCUUGGGCCGUGCCUCCGGCCCUGAUGAACAAGCUCCCAGAGGACCUGCCUAGUGCCGUCCGUAUCGAACGAGAUGUCUCCCUCAACAAGGACUACAAGGAUCGCGGUCUUCAGGUCAUCACGCGCAUUCUCGGUGUAGAUCUCUCCCCGGAAGAUCCUUAUUACCAAUCCGACUGGCACGUCGAAGGCCAAAUGAACGAACACAUCUGCGCCGCUGCAUUCCUCGUCUUCGACAAUGAGAACAUGGAAGAGCCGGUCAUGGAAUUCCGCAACAUCGUCGAAACAGGAUCCCUGGGUGAAGUCGACCACGAAGCUAAUGACUUCGUCUGGCUGAAGCAAGUCUUUGGCCUUGCAAACGGUGAACCAGCAGUCCAGCGCCCAGGCUCAAUCAAAUGCAAAGUGGGCCGUAGCGUGAUAUUCCCCAGUACCGUUCAGCAUCGGUUGACCCACUUCGAGCUAAAAGACAAGUCGAAGCCUGGGCAUAAUCGUGCCCUUGUGUUCUUCCUGAUCGAUCCGAAUCUGCGAAUUAUCUCCACGGCUAAUAUUCCACCACAGAGACUGGACUGGACGCUCGAUAUAAAGGGGGAUGAGGAUAAAACGAAGUCCAUCAUGGCAGGUCUGGCCUUGGAUAAUAAGGACAGGAAGGGUCCGAUGCCGAUGUCGUUGCUUGAGGCUCUAGAUUUGAGAUGGAAGUUUUUGGAGGAAAUGAUGGAGUUUACCAAGUACCAGCAUGUCGCGUUUGAGUCGCCGGUCGUGAUGCUUUGA